AUGAAAGCCCCGCCGAGUUUAGGCUCGCUCAUGGUCGCCUGGCUUGCGGUUUUAGGUCGUAUCCAGGCUGUUACUCUUGAGGUGAAGGAGGGGAACUCUACCUGCAUUAAAGCGGAGCUCUCUGCAUCAUUCUCCAUCCCGUACAGCACCCCCAGCGGCGCGAAGACAGCGGUGGUCUCUCUUCCCGCCUCGGCCACAGUGGACGCUGCCAGCAGCUCGUGCGGUUCGGACAGCAGCUCACCGUGGCUGGUGGCGGCCUUCGGAGCUGGCCACGCGCUCGGACUGAGCUUCUCCACCAAUGGCAGUGUUUAUAGCAUCGCUAACCUGACUAUGCAGUACAACCUGAGUGACGCCUCAGUGUUUCCUGAUUCCAACAGCUCUGAUGUGGUCACUGUGGUGUCUGCGUCAGUGGGGAUCUGGGCGCCGAUCAACACCACGUACCGAUGUCUGAGUCCCACUUCUGUCAGAGUCGGAGGGGCCACGGUGACUUUCUCUGACAUGAGGCUGGAGGCGUACAUGCCGGGAAACGAGCUGAGCCCGGCAGAAAGCGUGUGCGUAGCGGACCAAACGACUACGACCGCUCCGGCUACGACCGCCAGCACGGCAGCGCCAACGCCACCAGAGCCAGCCCCAGCCGGGCCGCCGGUGCGCGGCUCCUACUCGCUGAGGAACGCCAACGGCACCGUGUGCCUCCUGGCCCAAAUGGGACUGCAGCUCAACGUCUCCUACGUCUCUCAGGCUCAGAAUAAGACGGUCCAGGAGUUAUUCAACCUGAAUCCCAAUCUGACGAGUUCAGAAGGAUCCUGUGGAGCCAGCAGUGCUACUUUGGUUUUGACACAGGAGCAAAGCACCAUGCUGAGCUUCACCUUCACAGCCAACUCAACGAGCAACAAGUUCCACCUGAGUGAGAUUCAUCUGCUGGCCAACUGGUCCGAUAUGACCGCUCCCCUGUUGGUCAGUAACAACAGUCUGGACUAUCUUCGGAGCACAGUGGGCCGCUCCUACAUGUGCAACGCGGAGCAAAGUCUGGACGUGGCGCCGGCCUUCUCUCUCAACACAUUUAGACUGCAGGUCCAGCCGUUCAGCGUUACCACAAACCAGUUUGCUACAGCCGAGGAGUGUCAGAUGGACCAGGACCAGAUGUUGAUCCCCAUCAUAGUUGGAGCGGCUCUGGCAGGUCUUGUGCUGAUUGUCCUCAUUGCAUAUCUAAUAGGCAGGAAGAGGAGCCAUGCUGGAUACCAAACCAUCUGA